AUGGCACUAUCGAAGUGUAAAGAUGACUCACUGGAAAUGAAAAUUAAUUUGCAGCAAAAUGUUAUCGAGAAACUUGAAAGUAAUCUAUCAGAUUCUCACAUAGGCGCUACUUCAUCUGUGAAAGGUCAAGGAGAUGUGAAAAAGCAGUCUAAAUUGGGUAUUGAAGUAUCUAAAGAUGAAAACUAUUGCGAAUGGUAUGUCCAGGUUAUAACGAAAGCUGAAAUGGUAGAAUAUUACGACAUUUCUGGUUGUUAUGUUUUGCGACCGUGGUCAUAUGCUAUCUGGGAAUUUAUUCAGGAAUGGUUCGACCAAGAAAUUAAAAAAUUAGGUGUCAAAAACUGCUAUUUUCCAUUGUUCGUUUCUCAAAGCGCUUUGGAGAGAGAGAAAAUGCACAUCAGCGAUUUCGCUCCUGAGGUUGCGUGGGUAACACGAGCGGGGCAAUCGGACUUAUCCGAACCAAUUGCAAUUCGUCCUACUAGUGAAACAGUAAUGUAUCCCAGCUAUGCGAAAUGGGUCCAGUCUCAUCGAGAUCUUCCAAUUAAGCUGAAUCAGUGGUGCAAUGUUGUCCGCUGGGAAUUCAAGCAUCCAACACCAUUCUUAAGAACUCGUGAAUUUUUAUGGCAGGAAGGUCAUACUGCAUUUCAAACUAAAGUUGAAGCAGAAAAUGAGGUGUUUCAAAUCCUUGAUUUAUACGCUCAAGUAUACACCGAUUUACUGGCUAUACCAGUUAUUAAAGGACGGAAAACUGAGAAGGAGAAGUUCGCUGGUGGAGAAUUUACAACUACUGUUGAAGCGUAUGUGCCUAUAAAUGGACGUGGGAUACAGGGUGCUACUUCGCAUCACUUGGGACAAAAUUUCUCGAAAAUGUUUAAUAUAUCGUUUGAAGACCCAAAUUGUGGUGGAAGAGUCUAUGCAUGGCAGAACAGCUGGGGUUUAUCAACCAGAACAAUUGGUGCUCUAGUGAUGAUACAUGGUGAUAAUCAUGGUCUUGUGCUUCCACCCAGAGUAGCUGCUAUACAAAUGAUUAUCGUUCCGGUAGGAAUUACUGCUCAAACAAAGGAUGAACAAAAAACGGUUCUGAUUGAAAAAGCAAAAGAAAUCAAUGAUGUAUUGGUGGAUGAAAAUAUACGGGCUGAACUUGAUAUAAGGGAUAAUAUAUCGCCUGGAUGGAAGUUCAAUCAUUGGGAAUUGAAAGGUGUUCCUGUAAGAAUCGAAAUUGGUCCCAAGGACUUGGCCAACAGCCAGGUAACUUGUGUUAUUAGAUAUUCUGGCGAAAAAAGAACCAUUCUCAUCGAUGAUCUUGCUACAAAAUGCAGAGAUAUGCUGGAGGAAAUUCACUGUUCCAUAAUAUUGGAAGCUCGCGAGUCGCAUACGAAGAUUGUAUUGGAAUGGAAUGAUUUCCGAAGCCUUUUAGAUCAGAAGUUUAUUCUGCUAUCACCUUUCUGUGGUAGUAUUGAGUGCGAAGAUCAAAUCAAGAAAGAAAGCAUGAGAGAAGAGGAAAAUGAUCCUCGUGCUCCCGCAAUGGGAGCAAAAACCCUCUGCAUACCAUUUGAACAGAUUACAUAUGGUUGCUUUUAUGGUUUAUCUGUUGUAACUGAUCUGCAGUCGAUGUUCUAUUAUAUUAUUAUUAAUAUGUUAAAAAUGAAUACGACAUCGGAAGAUUCGGAUUUUGACGAGGAAGCUCACACAAGGUUAUUGAACACUAUCAAUAACUUGGGCAAUAAUGCUAAGAAAGGACCGUUAAUUAGAAAGUGUCCGAAGAAGGUUCAGGUUAAAGAACUGGUUGAUCUUAUACGAUCUACAAAAAAUGUUGAUGAUGUGAAGAAGAAACUGAUCAAGAGGAAAAAGAAGCAAGGAAAGGCAGCUGAAAAAGAUGAACCGAAAACUUUGCAAGCUCCAUCUCAUAGAUUGCUUCGGGAGAGAAUUGAAAGUUCCAUUGCAUACAGUGAUAUCCGGAAGGAUUUGGAGGAAUGGGCUCCAAUUGUGAAAAAGAAUCGACUUGCUGAACAACUAGUAUUUCCACUCACUGAAAGCCCGCCAGUCCACCGAAUAGCGUCGGAUUUGGUGCUCUUUUUCAAGCCAAGAACACCUAUGGAAAUAGAAUUGGCCAAGCUAUUGAAAACAUCAAACAAUAAUCUUCGUGAUGGCGAGGAAUAUACAGAAGCUGAGUUAGAAUUAAUAAGGGCAAUGAGUUUGAAAAAGGCAAAAGCAAAGUGGAUUCAGUUGAAGAAAAUGCGAGCUUUAGUAGGUUAUCGAGAAGCAAAACUAAAGCGACAAGCUAAAAUAAAAAGCAAAUCGUAUCAUCGACAUAUGAAGCGUCAGAAGAGAAAGCAGAUGAUUAAAGAAUUUGAAGAAAUGAUGAUGAAGAAUCCAGAAGCUGCAAAAGAGAAACUGGAAGAAAUUGAUCGACAGCGUAUUCUGGAACGAGCGACCUUAAAGCAUCGCAACGGUGGGAAAGGUAUCCAACAGUUGUCAAGAUACGCGAAUAAAAAUAAAGAUUUCAAAAAAAUAUACGAAGAGCAAAUAAGAUUGGGAAGAGAACUCGUUGAAAAACAUGGUCGUGAGAAAGAUUCGGACUCCAAUUCUGAAGCAGAAAAUACAAGUUCAAUAAAAUUGAAUACCGUUAAAAUGCUUGAGAACGCAGCUGAAACAUUGGAGAAAGAAGAACAUCAAAAAAGUUCUAUCAAGCCAGAGCUGAAGGCAAAGCUUCACGAAAUGAGAGAACGAGAACGGGAGACUCUCAGGAAAAGCGCAUUGCGGGCUACUGAUACUAAUUUCAUAUCUCACCGAAAACAUGAAUUAAGUACCGAUGCAGUCGAUGAAUCGAGAGUUUGCAAUGAAAAAGCUGUAGAAAUGGAGUGGAGUUCGAAAGAGGCGAUAAGCAGUGAGGAACAAUCGAACAAAGUGCAGCAUCAACGAGGUAUCUCAGAAAACUCUGGGCAAGAUGAUGCUGAAAAGAAAACUGAUGAACACUCCAAAAAAGACUACAAAAAGUUGAAAAAGAAAAGUUCUAAGAAAAUGAAGAACAAAAAAGAAAGUAAAGAUGUAAAGGAUGUGGAUAUCGAUCAAUUGUUCGACAAAGCUGAGAAAGAGCUCACUGAAUAUGCCUUAAAGAAAUGCGAACUUUUGAAAUUAGAAGAAAAAAAUAAAUGUAGUCGAAAUCUUCUGCCAUCUGACACCGAACCUACAGUGAUCCCCAGACAAAAAGAAAAAGAAAUUGCUGCAAAAACAGAGGAAGAAGUCACAGAUAUUUCUUUGGAUCCAAGACAUUUUCUACAAAUCGAAACGAUGGCACUGCCACAAGUCUCGGCCGACUUUGUUGAAAUUUUGGAAGAGCAAGCAGAGAAUCAGGAAGAAAUCAUAGCCAAAGCGUUCGAAGAUGUUGAUGUUAUUGGUGAUUUCGAAGCUGAUAAGGAAACUGUAGAAGCGGCAGAAAACCCAAAAGAUACCGAUCUAACGCUCCAAGGAUGGGGUUCGUGGACUGGACCAGGAAUAAUUGAUAGGAAAAAGAACAGAUUUGUAAUUAAAGCUCCGAAAAAGAAAAGAAAAGAUGCUGGAAAAACAGGUUUGAUUAUAUCGGAAGCAGUGGAUCCAUCUAUUGAAAAAUUCCAAUUGAAAUCGGUACCGUUUCCUUAUACAACCGUUGAGGAUUAUGAAGCUGUAGUACGGCAGCCGUUAGGAAAGGAAUGGAAUCCACAACGAGUUCAUAUGAAGCUUAUUCAGCCACAGAUUAUAGUAAAGGCACGUUUACUCACAUUUCUUUUCCUGCUUUGCUUUUCAACGUAUUGUGAUGUUUUUUUUCAGGCAGGUAAAAUAAUCAAACCACUUGAUAAGAGCGUACUGGAGGACGAAUCUGAUGAAGAGAAAUAA